CCUCGCUCGCUCUCUGCGUGUCCUCUCCUCUUCCCAUCUGUCUCCUCCUGCAGACGACUCCUUCCCUCCUCCAAUGCUCUCUCUUCCCCCCCUCCUCCUCCUCCUCCUCCUCCUCUUCCCCCUCCUCCACUGCACUCCCAUCGAUCUCCAUCGCCCGCUCCUCAUUCCUGCUGCCGUAUUGCAGGUCUCCGAGAUCGUUGAGGUUGAGUUCGAGAAUGGUUGGAGGAAUGGACCUGCGGAAGGUGGACUCGCUCUCUUCUAUUGCGGAGGCCGAGGAUCUCGAUUUCUCGCGGCUGCUCGACAGGCCGAGACUAAAGAUCGAGCGGAAGAGGUCGUUCGACGAGCGAUCAGUUAGCGAGCUCACCGUCUCGGGGAACCUCCGGCAGGUUGACAGCUACGAUAGUAUGUGCUCCCUCGGCACGAUGAGGUCGGUGCUGGACACUCCGGUCUCGUCGGAUCCAAACCCGUUCGAUCCGCAUCCGAUGGUUGCGGAGGCGUGGGAAGCUCUCCGGAGGACGAUAGUGUUCUUCCGGGGGCAGCCGGUGGGCACGAUAGCCGCCUACGAUCACGCCUCAGAAGAGGUUCUCAAUUACGAUCAGGUGUUUGUCCGUGACUUCUUUCCAAGUGCUCUGGCUUUUCUAAUGAAUGGAGAGCCUGAGAUAGUGAAAAAUUUCCUCAUGAAAACCCUCUACCUUCAAGGGUGGGAAAAGAGAAUAGAUCGUUUCAAGCUUGGGGAAGGAGUCAUGCCGGCAAGUUUCAAGGUGAAGCAUGAUCCUACUAGGAAAACUGACAAUCUAAUAGCUGACUUUGGUGAGAGUGCAAUCGGAAGGGUUGCACCUGUUGAUUCUGGUUUUUGGUGGAUUAUUCUACUUCGGGCCUACACAAAGUCUACUGGGGAUUUAGCUCUGGCAGAUUCAGCAGAGUGUCAGAAAGGGAUGAGGCUUAUACUAGCUUUAUGUUUGUCGGAAGGGUUCGAUACAUUCCCAACCUUGCUCUGCACAGAUGGAUGCUCGAUGAUAGAUCGUAGGAUGGGUAUCUACGGGUAUCCUAUGGAAAUUCAAGCCCUUUUCUUUAUGGCAUUGAGAUGUGCUUUGACGAUGCUAAAACAAGAUACAGAAGGGAAGGAGUUCAUAGAUAGGAUAGUGAAACGCUUGCAUGCCUUAAGCUAUCACAUCCGAAAUUACUUCUGGCUUGACUUCCAGAAGCUAAAUGUCAUAUAUCGCUACAAGACAGAGGAGUAUUCUCACACAGCAGUUAAUAAGUUCAAUGUUAUUCCAGAUUCCAUCCCAGACUGGAUAUUUGAUUUCAUGCCUACUGGUGGUGGAUAUUUCAUCGGAAAUGUUAGUCCUGCGAGAAUGGACUUCCGAUGGUUUUCUCUUGGUAACUGCAUUGCGAUACUAUCUUCUCUUGCUACCCCAGAGCAAUCUGCGGCUAUAAUGGAUCUGCUUGAAGCACGCUGGGAGGAACUGGUUGGUGAAAUGCCCCUAAAGGUUGCAUAUCCUGCUCUAGAGAGCCAUGAAUGGCGUAUUGUCACUGGUUGUGACCCCAAAAACACCAGAUGGAGUUACCAUAAUGGAGGAACAUGGCCUGUGACUCUGUGGCUGCUCACUGCGGCCUGUAUAAAGACUGGUCGUCCGCAGAUUGCAAGACGAGCGAUCGAUCUUGCUGAAAACAGGCUGUCCAAAGACAGUUGGCCAGAAUAUUAUGACGGUAAGCUAGGACGGUACAUUGGCAAGCAGGCAAGGAAGUUCCAGACAUGGUCUAUCGCAGGUUAUUUAGUCGCUAAAAUGAUGCUCGAAGACCCUUCACAUCUUGGUAUGAUCUCUCUCGAGGAGGACAAAGCGAUGCUGAGGCCUCCAAUAAAGAGAUCAGCUUCAUGGACUAUUUGAAGGUGGAAAGCAGGCAAGGAAGUUCCGGACAUGGUCUAUCACAGUUUAUUUAGUCGCUAAAAUGAUGCUCGAAGACCCUUCGCAUCUUGUUAUGAUCUCUCUGGAGGAGGACAAAGCGAUGCUGAGGUCUCCAAUAAAGAGAUCAGCUUCAUGGACUAUUUGAAGGUGGCAGCCGAAGAGACCUUAUUCCCUUACACCAUUCUUUGACAGUAAUUCUUUGAUCUUCUAUUCUUUCUUUCUCAGUAGCAAUUGUUUGUACAAUAUUAUGAUAACAUAUCACCA